UUAUGUUGCUGUCCGCCACUCUUCUGUGCAUGAUAUCUUUAAUGUGAAAGUUCAUACGCAGAACGUCAGUUCAUUUUUUGUGUUUGUUUUGAUGGCCGCUUGUGAGCUCUUUCCAUACUAUCGUCGUUUUUUAUUUUUAAAUCUAGCUCUAUUCACGUUGAACAUUAACUAUGACGCAUCUAGAAGUCAUUGUGGAUGAUAAUUUACCCAACAAUCCAUGCUGUCAACAUGGACCAACAGUGCUCUUUCACAGAACGGAUCAAAGCCAUGCAACUAUUGAAAAAUACUACGCCUGUACGGCAAGCCGGGAUGGAAAAUGUUCUUUCAAAGUUGCUGCCUCGAAAAAGAGCACAUGUUAUCAAGAUGCCAGCAAGCCUGCUGAACAACUAAAGCUGGAUUAUGAUGAGGUAAGAAACGCGUCUGUUUCACAAAAGGUGUACUGCAUCCAAUGUCAGCAACUGUUCCUUGAGUCCAACGCGAAAGACCACAACAAGCACAAACUAUUUGACAAACUAUCAAACGAAAUUCUGCUUCAACCGACAAGAUUUUUAGCACCGCUGAGCAUGGAUGGAAACGAAGCGCAAUACUUCUUCAGUGAUUCCUCGUUGAACUGCAUAGAGAAUAUGUUGAAGCAGGUCAAAAUUACCAAAGUUAUCUGCCUAGGAGCUCCAAGGCUUCACGAGCAUCUGCUUGUGAAAACCGAUAUCAAAUCACUAUUGCUGGAUAUUGAUAGAAGAUUCCACUGGUUUUACGAUCAAUCGCAGUAUGUCAGCUACAACAUGUUCAACCACUUCUUUUUCGGGGGAGAAAAGGCGGAAAAUAUCUUCAACAACUAUCUGAUGGUUAAUGAGUCAACCGAACGGAUAUGUAUCUUCACCGAUCCGCCUUUCGGUUGCCGUACCGAACUACUGGCUCACACCAUCAGCCGUAUAAAUCAAACUUAUAACUCAGUCAACCAGCUCAGUCAGCAAAUUUUACCAACGUUUUGGAUAUUUCCCUACUUUAUGGAAACGUACAUACAAAAGCAAAUGCCAUCUAUGGAAAUGUCCGACUAUCAAGUCAACUACACCAACCAUCGUACCUAUCACAGUGGAGAAAAAGGGCUGAAACAUGGAUCGCCAGUUCGCAUAUUUACUAAUGUCCCUUUAGAGUUGUUCAAGCUACCCGUCAAAGAGGGCUACAAAUGGUGUUCGGAAUGCCAGAAAAGUGUCCACAGAACCAAUCUACAUUGCCGCGUGUGUAAGAAAUGUCCAUCGAAAAACGGUGCCACCUAUCGUCAUUGUAGCAAGUGCAAUUGGUGCGUGAAGCCGAACUACGUGCACUGCAACGCUUGUGGGAGAUGCACUCAGGUGCAGGGACACCAAUGUUCCUCUUACAGGAAACAACUAAACUGCCGAAUUUGUUUGACCAAAGGGCACAUGGAAAAAUGUUGCCCUUUUUGGCGAACGUUUAAACAUUUCAAAAUGGCAAAAUCCGGAUGUGUCGUUUGUGGAAGCAAACAACAUAUCGUCACAAACUGUGAUGAACGGAAACGGGUUCUCAAGGAGAGGUAUUUCCUUGGGCAAUGUGAGAAUGCAAUAAACUGUGUCAAAUAGAAA